AUGCAAAUCUAUCAAGAGCUAUUGAAUACCAUGGUUCCAGUCAUUCAAAAAGUUCAAAGUCUCGCUGAUGACAUAUUGAAUGAUCUACAAGCACUUAUGAAUCAAUUAUGGGAUGAUAUUUGCAAGAAUAAUGCACGAGGAGUCGAUCAAUUGCUUGAUAAUCAUGCUCGUAGAACGGAGGAAAAAGUCAAAAAGACUUUUCUCGAACCGUUCGAUGUUUUGGAAGCAAAAUUGAAUCAAAUUAAACAAAUGCAAUCUCGUCACUGA